GGCUCCCGACAGGUGUUUGGGGGAGAGGGCGGAGCCUGAUUAGGGAGGAUGAGGAGGGAGGGGCGGUGCUGCCCCUUUAAGAGGCGGUGGCGGAGCCGGGACCUUUUCUCUUUCCCCGGAAGGAAAGCGGAGCCUCGGCUGGGCGCGCAAGCCAUGGGCCCCGGCCCCCGCCGCGCCGCCUGCGUCCCGCGCCCGCUGCUCUGCGCGCUCGCCCUGAUGGUGGCCGCCGGCGGCCGCGUCGCCUCCGCCUUCAACCUGGACACCCGAUUCCUGGUGGUGAAGGAGGCCAGGAACCCGGGCAGCCUCUUCGGCUACUCGGUCGCCCUCCACCGGCAGACGGAGCGUCAGCAGCGCUACCUGCUCCUGGCUGGUGCUCCCCGGGACCUCGCCGUGCCUGAUGGCUACACUAACCGGACUGGUGCUGUGUACCUGUGUCCACUCACUGCCCACAAGAACGACUGUGAGCGGAUGGACAUCUCAGAGAAAAGUGACCCUGACCAUCACAUUAUUGAGGACAUGUGGCUCGGGGUGACGGUGGCCAGUCAGGGCCCUGCAGGCAGAGUCCUGGUCUGCGCCCACCGCUACACCCAGGUGCUAUGGUCAGGGUCGGAGGACCAGCGGCGCAUGGUGGGCAAGUGCUAUGUGAGGGGCAAUGACCUCGAGCUGGACCCCACCGAUGACUGGCAGACCUACCACAAUGAGAUGUGCAACAGCAACACUGACUACCUGGCGACAGGCAUGUGCCAGCUGGGCACCAGCGGCGGCUUCACCCACAACACCGUGUACUUCGGCGCUCCCGGGGCCUACAACUGGCAAGGAAACAGCUACAUGAUUCAGCGGAAGGACUGGGAUUUAUCCGAAUAUAGUUAUAAGGACUCAGAGAAACAAGGAAACCUCUAUAUUGGAUACACAGUGCAGGUGGGCAGCGCCGUCCUGCACCCCACAAACAUCACCAUCGUGACAGGUGCCCCCCGGCACCGACAUAUGGGUGCUGUCUUCUUGCUGAGCCAGGAGGCAGGCGGAGACCUGCGGAAGAGGCAGGUGCUGGAGGGCACGCAGGUGGGCGCCUAUUUUGGCAGCGCCAUUGCCCUGGCAGACCUGAACAAUGAUGGGUGGCAGGACCUCCUGGUGGGCGCCCCAUACUACUUUGAGCGGAAGGAAGAGGUAGGGGGUGCUCUCUAUGUCUUCAUGAACCAGGCAGGCACCUCCUUUCCUGCCCACCCCUCCCUCCUUCUCCACGGCCCCAGUCGCUCCGCCUUUGGCUUCUCCGUGGCCAGCAUUGGUGACAUCAACCAGGAUGGAUUCCAGGACGUUGCCGUGGGAGCCCCGUUCGAGGGCUUGGGCAAAGUGUACGUCUACCACAGCAGCUCCCGGGGGCUCCUGGGCCGGCCGCAGCAGGUAAUCCACGGGGAGGAGCUGGGACUGCCCGGCUUGGCCACCUUUGGCUACUCACUGAGUGGGCAGAUGGACGUGGAUGAGAACUCCUACCCGGACCUGCUGGUGGGGAGCCUGUCAGACCGCAUCGUGCUGCUGCGGGCCCGGCCUGUCAUCAACAUACUCUACAAGACCUUGGUGGCCAGGCCAUCCGUGCUGGACCCUGCGCUCUGCACAGCCACCUCCUGCGUGCAGGUGGAGCUGUGCUUUGCUUACAACCAGAGUGCAGGGAACCCCAACUACAGGCGAAACAUCACCCUGGCCUACACAUUGGAGGCCGAUCGGGACCGCCGACCCCCUCGGCUUCGGUUUGCACGCAGCCAGUCAGCCGUUUUCCACGGCUUCUUCUCCAUGCCUGACAUGCGCUGCCAGAAGCUGGAACUGCUCCUGAUGGACAACGUCCGCGACAAACUCCGUCCCAUCAUCAUCUCUAUGAACUACUCUUUACCUUUGAGGAUGCCCGAGCGCCCCCGGCUGGGGCUGCGGUCCCUAGACCCCUACCCGGUGCUGAACCAGGCGCAGGUUCUGGAAAACCACACCGAGGUCCACUUCCAGAAAGAGUGCGGCCAGGACAACAAAUGCGACAGCAAUUUGCAGAUGCGGGCGGCCUUCCUGUCGGAGCUGGGGCAGCCACUGAGCAGGCUGCAGUACAGCAGAGAUGGCCGGAAACUGCUCCUGAGCAUCGACGUGACCAACACCCCGAGCAGGGAGCGCGCUGGGGAGGACGCCCACGAGGCGCUGCUCACCCUGACCGUGCCUCCCGCCCUGCUUCUGUCUUCAGUGCGCCCCGCUGGGACGUGCCAGGCCAAUGAGACCAUUGUCUGUGAGCUGGGGAACCCCUUCAAACGGAACCAGAGGAUGGAGCUGCUCAUCGCCUUCGAGGUCACCGGAGUGACCCUGCACACACGGGAACUCCAGGCGCAGCUGCAGCUCUCCACGUCAAGUCACCAGGACAACCUGUGGCCCGUGACCUUGACUCUGCUGGUGGACUACACACUCCAGGCCUCACUCAGCAUAGUGAAUCACCGGCUACAAAGCUUCUUCGGAGGGACAGUGAUGGGCGAGUCUGGCAUGAAAACUGUGGAGGAUGUGGGAAGCCCCCUCAAGUAUGAGUUCCAGGUGGGCCCAGUGGGGGAAGGGCUGGCAGCCCUGGGGACCCUGGUCCUAGGGCUGGAGUGGCCCUAUGAAGUCAUCAAUGGCAAGUGGCUGCUGUACCCCGCAGAGAUCACCAUCCACGGCAAUGGGUCCUGGCCCUGCCGACCACCUGGAGACCUUGUCAACCCUCUGAACCUCACGCUCUCUGUCCCUGGGGACAGGCCGCCAUCUCCACAGCGCAGGCGGAGACAGCUGGACCCAGGGGGAGGCCCGGCCCCCCCGCCAGUCACUCUGGCUGCUGCCAAGAAAGCCAAGUCUGAGACAAAGCUGAAGUGUGGCAGUGACCAGGCCCGCUGUGUGUGGCUGGAAUGCCCCAUUCCCGAUACCCCUGUCAUCACCAAUGUGACAGUGCAGGCACGAGUAUGGAACAGCACCUUCAUUGAGGAUUACAGAGACUUUGACAGAGUCAGUGUAUCCGGCUGGGCUACCCUGUUCCUCCGAACCAGCAUCCCCACCAUCAACAUGGAGAACAAGACUGUGUGGUUCUCCGUGGACAUUGACUCUGACCUGGUGGAGGAGCUGCCAGCGGAGAUCGAGCUGUGGCUGGUGCUUGUGGCUGUGAGUGCCGGGCUGCUGCUGCUGGGGCUGAUCAUUCUCCUGCUGUGGAAGUGCGGCUUCUUCAAGCGAGCCCGCACUCGCGCCCUGUAUGAAGCUAAGAGGCAGAAGGCGGAGAUGAAGAGCCAGCCGUCAGAGACAGAGAGGCUGACGGACGACUACUGAGGGGGGCAGCCCCCUGCCCCCGGCCCACCCGGUGUGACUUCUUUAAGCGGACCCGCUAUUACCAGAUCAUGCCCAAGUACCACGCGGUGCGGAUCAGGGAGGAGGAGCGCUACCCCCCUCCAGGGAGCACCGUGCCUCCCAAGAAGCACUGGGUGACCAGCUGGCAGACUCGGGACCGAUACUACUGAUGUCCUCCCUGAUCCCACCCCCGCUCCCCCAGACCCCCUUCUAUUUAUCAUAAGUUAUGCCCCUGACAGUCCACAGGGGCCACUGCCUUUGGCUGCGCCAGCAGGUUCAGGCACGCCCAGCGCUUCUAGCACAGGCACAAGCUGUCUGGCCAUGGGCUUCUCCCCGCAGGAGGGCUGGGCCAUGGGCGCUGGACACAUGGGGGGGCCCACCGCCUGUGGACUGUGCUGUGCACCACGGAUGGUGCGUGGACAUGCGUGUCCCUGCCUCUGCCUGUGCCAAAACCAAGCCAAAGGGCCUCCCACCGCCCCAGCCUGGAGGAAAAGGCCCCCACUGUGGUGACACCCCCAGCAUUCACACUGGACCCAUCUUGAGCCAUAAUCACUGGACUGACUCUGCUAUUGAGACUACAACUACUGACAGGGAACAGCGCACCAGGACCCCCCAGCCGCAGCUCCCAGCGCCCGUGCCAGAGAGCGGGACCCACCUCAGGUUGCCCACAAUGGCGUUUCCAGGACCUGGCAUGCUUGGACCCAAGAGCAGAGUGGACUAGAAGGAAGGUCCCCAGGAUGGCUUUCCUUCACAGAGCUCUGUGAAGCCUCUCUCCUCAGAGGAGAUUCCCUUCUGGCAGGAAAUGCAGUCUGAAGAAACGAAGACCGACAAGCCCGGCAGACUGCAGAGGGACUGCCCUGGGAGCACGGAGGAAUGCUCAGCAGAGGAGGGGACCAGUCCUGGGCCAAGGAGCUGUUGGAAGGAGAAAGGAGAUCCCACUGCUCACUGACCACUACCAUCCAGGCCUCUGAAGGCCUGGAGAGACGCCCCCCACCCCAAAGAUCCCGGAGGGAGCAACACUUGAAUGUAGAAUGGGGAGGGAGCCCUGUCCCUGCCCCAUCGGCUGGAACCUACUCUCCCCUCACUGACCAUGGGUAGGGGGCCUAGAAGGGGGGUUCUUGGCUGUCCUUGGCUUUCGGAGCCAACUUAGCUCUGCCUCCUUCUCCCAUUGGCUAAGUCCUGAGGCCCAUUCUAGAAGGUGAGGCUGGUUCCAGGAAACCUCUCCAGACCCCUGCCUUUUGGCAGUCCCCUUUUCCAGUCCCUACACACUUCCAUGGUACUGUAGCAGGAGAGCCCCCUCCCCCUCCUUGUGCCUUCUUUGUACAUAGGCUUCUCACGGCAACAAUAAACAGCUCCCAGUUUGUAUGCUC